UAUGGAAAGGGGAAUUCGACUGUGAAUUUAUUUAAAUAAUGAAAUUUUCGUUUCAUUACCCAUUUUUUUUUAUUUUAAUCAUUCUCAUAAUAAUUUUUAAAACAAUUUAAUUCUAAACAAAUAAAUUACAGAAGUAUUUUUUCAUAUCUACAAUAGAUUAAUAGAAUGCCAAACAAAAAGGUCAAGAAUUCUUCAAAAAAUAGUCAGUCUACGAUUUCAAAAUAUUUUAUAUCAGACUCAAAUUACCCAACAUCGUCUUUAAUGAAGCGAUGUGCAAAUGGUUUCAAUAACGGUUCAUCUCCUUUAAAAAAGAUUCCAAAACUUCAACAAGAAACUUUUGAAAACAAGUUUCAGCAUGAAUCCAAUUCUUCAAAAAGAUGCAGCAUCUCUGAUUCAGUUUCAGAAAAACUGCAAACAUUCGUUUUCCAAAAAGUUGCAAAAGAUGAAAAAUUUUCAAGUAUAUAUUCAUCAAAUGAGGAUUUCUGCAACAAAAAUUUAAAUAUUGAUGAAAAAUAUUUAGAAACUGAAGAUUCUUUUCAUAAUGAACAGCCGAUUGGAAUAGAUUUAAACAAAGAUGCUGUCAAAACGAAAGCUGAUAAAUCUAUUAAGUACACUGCACUGGAAAAACAAUAUUUAGAAUUCCGAAAUAAAUAUCCUGAUGCUUUAUUAUUAUUAGAAUGUGGCUACAAAUAUCGAUUCUUUGGAAAAGAUGCUGAAAUUGUAUCUGAACUUUGCAAUAUAGGUUGCUUCAAAAAUCAUAAUUUUAUGUCUGCAAUAAUUCCAACUCAGCGACUUUAUUUUUAUGUGAAGCAACUGGUAUCAAAAGGAUAUAAAGUUGGGGUGAUUAAGCAAGCAGAGUCUGCUGCUCUAAAAGCUGCUGGGCAAAACAAAAAUGAAUUAUUUGUCAGGAAACUGGAUGCAUUAUAUACAAAAUCCACAUUAAUUGGUGAAGAGUUUUUAACAUUAGAUCCCAAUGAGCUUCUUGACAGUUUUGAUGUUAAUGAUGCAGAUUCAAAUCCUGGAUAUUUAUUGUGUAUAUGUGAAUUGCCACUUACAAAUGCUAAAGGUGAUGCUAAGCUUGCUCUUGUGGCAGUGCAAAUAUCUACAGGUGAUUUUGUGUAUACGUCAUUUGAAGACUCUUCAUUGAGAAAUAAACUUGAGACUUAUCUCUUCCACUUCAAUCCUGCAGAAGUUUUAAUUCCAUCUAAUCUAAGCAAAGAAGCUGAAAAUCUAAUUAGCAGUUUUUCAUCUGGCAGGUCUGUCAGAAUUGAAAGAUUCAUUCAAAAUGUGCUUGAUACUUCUACUGCACUUAACCAUGUAACUAAGUUCUAUACAGGGAAUAAAUCACCCCAAGAAGCUUGCAUGACACAAGAUAUACAGCAAAUAAUAUUGACUUUACCAGAAUUGGUUGUGUCUUGUCUUUCAGCUUUAAUUACUUAUUUGUCAAGUUUUAAAUUAGAAAGUACUUUAAGAAAUUUACAAAACAUGAAACUACUGGAAACUGACAAGACAAUGGUUCUGAGUGCAACUACAUUAAAAGGCUUGGAAAUUCAAAGAAAUAAUUCUAAUUUUUCAGAGCAUGGUAGCUUGUUUUGGGUACUUAAUAAAACUUUAACAAAAUUUGGUGAAAGAUUGCUCAAAUUGUGGAUUACAAGGCCUUUAAAAGAUAUAAAUCAGAUAGAAGAAAGAUUAAAUAUUUUGACAGAAAUCAUAUAUUCGGAAUCCAUUGUUUUUAAAGUUGUGGAAAAGUCUUUGACAAAACUUCCUGAUCUUGAAAGAAUUUUGUCCUGUGUGUUUCAUCAUAAGUGCAGCUGUUCUGAUUUACUGAAUCUUCUUCAAUCCUUUACAAAAAUUAAAUCUGAAUUUUUAAGCAUUAAUGAUAAAAUUUCAUCUGAAAUUAUUGUUCCUCGUACAAAGAUAAUCUUAACAGAACUUCCAGAAUUGCUUGAUGAUGUUGAUAGAUUUCUAAGCAAUAUUGACAUUGAGGCUGCUAGAGUAGGAGAUAAAACUAAAGUUUUCCGCAAUAUUUCAAUGUAUCCUGCAAUGAAAAAGUGCUUAGAUGAAAUAAAAGCUGCUGAAGAACAAUUAAAUGAUUUGAGAUCAGAUAUUUGUAAAAUUUUGAAAUUAAUAAAUUUCAAAUAUGCUACAGUUGCUGGUCAAAAGUAUUUAAUUGAAGUUCCAAACAGUUAUCUACGACUGGUGCCAAAUGACUGGCUGAAAAUUAGUUCAACAAAACAAGUCUCACGCUUCAGAUCUCCUCAAAUUAUCAAAUUUUGUAGCCAAAUAGAUCAACAAAAAGAGCUUUUGAUUGGGCAUGCAGCUGAUGCAUGGUCUGCAUUUCUUAAUGAUUUUGGAAGCCAGUUUUACAAGUAUAAAAGAGCAAUAUCUUAUUUGGCAGAAUUGGAUUGUUUUUUCAGUUUGUCAAAAGUAGCAAAAGUAGAAAAUUAUUGUAGGCCUCACAUUAUUAACUCCAUUGAACCUGUUUUCCAUAUCCAGCAAGGCCGACAUCCAAUAAUUACAAAAAUUAUGGGUGAAGAAAAUCAGUUUGUAGCCAAUGACCUUGAUAUGAAUGCACUAAACAGAUGUAUGAUUGUGACUGGACCAAAUAUGGGAGGGAAAAGCACUUACGUUCGCCAGAUUGCUCUCAUUGCUAUUAUGGCUCACUUAGGCAGUUAUGUUCCAGCAGAGUCUGCAACCAUUCCACUUUUUGAUGCUAUAUAUGUCAGGAUGGGUUCUGAUGAUGCUUUGGCUCAAGGUAAAAGCACAUUUAUGAUUGAAAUGAGUGAAACAUCUGAAAUCUUGUCAAACGCAACUUCCCGGUCGCUUGUUAUUCUUGAUGAGUUAGGACGAGGAACAAGUACAAAUGAUGGAACAGCAGUUGCAUAUGCUACUUUAGAGUAUAUAAUUUCAGAAAUUAAAUGUUUUACAUUAUUUGUGACGCAUUAUCCUCCUGUUGUUGAAUUAGAAAAACAUUAUCCUGAAAAUAUAUCUGUAGUUCACAUGGGUUAUAUCUUAAAAGAUAAUGAGAGUGACGACUCAAAUGGUAUAGAAACUGUAAUAUUCCUUUACAAUGUAGUAAGUGGUAUUAGUAAAAAAAGUUAUGGGAUAAAUGUAGCUGCAUUAGCUGGAAUUCCUAAGGAUGUACUUCUCGAAGCUCAAAAAGUCUCCCAACUCACUGAACUUCGAAGUAUAAUUAAAAGGAAAAUCAAAAGUCUUAUGCAGAAGUUGAAGCCCACUUUAUCCAACUGUUAAAAGAGCUGGAGCUUUACAGGUAUCAGCUAUGAUAUCUUGUAUAUAUUUAUCUCAAUGUAAUUUUACUCAUUGAUGCAUGCACUUUUUUUUAAUCUGAAAUAAAAUAAAAUAUGCCUUAUC